CCAAAAGAGAUGAGAAACCCCGCCCGUGAUUUCUCAUCUCUUUCCUGCUUCCUUUCUCCUGCUGACCGCUGAACCUCGUAAUUCAUUGUUUGGCAAAGAUGAAGUAUCACAGCCUAUUGCUUGGUGUCUCCGCCGGAGCAAACGCUCUAGCCAUCGCCGAGGCCACAAAGCGUCGAGAUGCGGGAUACAUGUAUCAGCCUGAUCCGACCCCCAUUGUGGGGAUCUCUGAUCUGAGGCAUUUGGCCCUGGGGAAACGACAGGAGACUACCGCUGAGGCGUCGACCUUUACGCUUGUUGUUAGUCCCGACUCGACUUGUGGUUUUUUGUCGGGUUCACCUGGAAAUGCGAUUACUUGCGGCAAUGGAGAUAAGUGUAGUUGGGAGCUGCGAUAUGUUACUGCCAUCUUUUGCGGUACUCAGGCGUAUAAUCGCUGUUUGGAGAGGGAUGAUGCUCUAGACACAAAACUCUGCAAUGAUGUUUGCCAGAGCAAUCAGUAUAACCUCCUUUGCACCAAUACUGCUUCGCCUUAUUGCGGAACGUAUAAUUAUCAAUCUGGUGUUGUUGGCUUCAGAUGCGCAACAGCAUCAUUGACAGCCGCUCAGGAUGUUGAGUUUACAUACACCAGUCAAAAGGGCCGCAGCUUCUCUACGACAUUGGUUUCUGACGAAACUACGUCAUCUAUCCCCUCAAGCUCAGAGCCUGGAUCAUCAUCGACAGAGGAACCUUCGUCGACGACUUCAGAAGCUGAGCCCAGUGAAUCCGACUCAGGCGGCGGCGGCGGCGGAAGCUCAACGCCUGUCGGUGCCAUUGUCGGAGGCUCGAUCGGUGGUUUUGUCGCUUUGUCACUGGUAGCUCUCGGCGCGUUCUGGCUUUGGCGAAAGAACAAGAACCAGAACGCCGCUCAACCCUCACCUCAACAACCAUCCGUGACGGCAGCUUCAUCGAUGCCUCCCCCAGGUCCUUACGGCGACACUGUACCCCCCAUGGCACAGCAUUAUCCUAAAUCAGAUGUUACAUCGCCAACACAGUCUGAGUGGAGAGAGUCUAUGAUUACGGCGCAGACUGCUACUACGCCUGUGCAGAACCAGGCCUGGGGUCAGUAUCCCCAAGGUUCUCCUUAUCCUCCUCAGGCACAGCCACAGGAAUUACACCCACAGGGAAAUCAGGGACUUCAGGAUGGUCAGGUCCAUGAGAUGCCUUCUGAUACCAAUUACCACCGUUGAGAUGGGUUAGGAGAAGGGAAUAUCACUAAGGGGUUUGUGGGGGUGAGGUGACGGCUUCAUAUAUAUCAAACUCACGAAUGUUUUCAUGAUUUGCCUUAUAAUUCUUAAUGCAAAUUGAAACAAUACCAUUUUCAUACAUCAACGUUAGCCUCUAUGGACUUCCAUUCUAUGAGAGAAAUAUUCUAAUCAAUAUCAAUAAACCAAAU